AUGUGGCUUUCGGCCCCUCUCAAGAUUACGAACAUCUUCACGUCCAUAUUCACGUUCACGCCCACGGUCAUGUACGCCCAGCGUGAAAACUCAACAUCUCAACGACACGAUUACGAGAGCCGGAACGCCGAGCUCGUGGAGCUGUACAUGGCGGCCAAACGGACGGGCGACGGAGACGCCAUGAUGCAGGUGGAACGUCUAGUCAUGGAGAAUUCCAUGGCCACCAUGGAGCGCAAUUUUGAAAUCAGCGUACCUUAUCAAGAGGAGGAUGUUAUGUGGUGGGAAAUGGACUAA